CUCACCGCCUCUCGCUGAGACGAGACGAGACGCGUGCGUCACAGCAGCUCACGAUUCCGUCGCGCAAAUCCUCCCCGAUCUAAACCUAAACCCACCCCACCCCACGCCGACGAAACCCUAAUCCCCCUCGCCUCCGCCGCCAUGGGGGCCGCCAUCCUGCCGCUCCCGGCGCCGGACGGCGACGGCGACUCCCAUCCGCAACAGCCGCCUCCCCCUCCUCCCGGCGGAGGCGCGAAGCCCGAGCCGCCGCCGACGGUGGCCACCCACACCCGCCCCCUCGGGAUCAUCCACCCGCCCCCCGACAUCCGCGUCAUCAUCGAGAAGACGGCCACCUUCGUCUCCAAGAACGGCCCGGAGUUCGAGCGCCGCAUCAUCUCCCACAACGCCGGCAACGCCAAGUUCAACUUCCUCCAGCCCUCCGACCCCUACCACGCCUACUACCAGCACCGCGUCUCCGAGCUCGCUGCCGCUCCCCCCUCCGCCGCCGCCUCCGCCGCCGACGCGGCCCCCGAGCCCGACGAAUCCGGCGCCGCGCCGCCGCCGGCCGACUCCGCUGCCGCGCCCACCGUCGAUGGCGAGGCGGCGAAGGCGGACCACUCCGCCCCAUUCCGCGUGCCGCCGCCCACCAAGGUGCUGGUGCCACCCAAGGCGGAGCUCUACACGGUGCAUCUGCCCGAGGGGAUCACCGGGGAGGAGCUGGACAUCAUCAAGCUGACCGCGCAGUUCGUGGCGCGCAACGGGAAGAGCUUCCUGACGAGCCUGGCGCAGCGCGAGAGCACCAACCCGCAGUUCCACUUCAUCCGCCCCACGCACAGCAUGUUCACCUUCUUCACGAAGCUCACCGACACCUAUUCGAGGGUGCUGAACCCGGUCGAAGGCAUGCCUGCCCUACUGAAGGACCUACAAGACGGGGCGAAGGACCUGACCACCGUGUUGGAGCGGUGCCUGAACCGCCUGGAGUGGGACCGGUCGCAGGAGCAAGCGAGGCAGCAGGCUGAGGAUGAAAUCGAACAGGAGAGGAUGCAGAUGCAGAUGAUCGAUUGGCAUGAUUUUGUUGUUGUCGAGACGAUCGAGUUUGCAGAUGAUGAGUGCGAGGGACUCCCUGUGCCACUUACGCUGGAGGAGUUGAAGCGUCGGAAGAGGAUUGAGGACCUGGGAGAGGAGGAGGCAGCCAUGGAAUUGGCCGAGCCAGCGAAGGAUGUUGAGAUGGAGAUGGACGAGGAGGAGAUUCAACUUGUUGAGGAAGGAAUGCGUGCAGCAAGGCUCGAGGAAAAUGAAGGAGGAGUUCAAGUUAAGCUUGCUGGUGAUGAGGAGCCGCCUAUGAGGAUUGUCAAGAACUACAAGAGGCCUGAGGAGAGAAUCCCUGCGGAGAGGGACCCAACGAAAUUCGUUGUCUCACCAAUAACUGGGGAGCUCAUUCCAAUUAGUGAGAUGGAGGAGCACAUGCGCAUCUCGCUUAUUGAUCCAAAAUAUAAGGAGCAGAAAGAGCGGAUGUUGGCAAAAAUUAAGGAGACAACACUUGCUCCUGAUGAUGAAAUCUCCAGGAACAUUGUGGGUCUUGCCCGUACCAGGCCAGACAUCUUUGGAACAACAGAGGAAGAGGUCUCUAAUGCUGUCAAGGCAGAAAUUGAGAAGAAAAAGGAUGAACAGCCAAAGCAGGUUAUUUGGGAUGGCCAUUCUGGUAGCAUAGGUCGUACUGCCACACAGGCUCUGUCUAUGGGCGGCGAGGAACAGGUUGAUGCUUCGAAUGUUCCUGGUCCAGCUCCACUUCCCCGCCCUCCCAUGCCAUUGCUUAGACCUCCUCAGCCACUUCCACUGGUUAAUGUUCCACGCUUUCAACCUAGUGCAAUGCCAUAUCCCCCACACCAACAACCUCAUCUCAUGCAAGGAGUUCCACAUAUGAUGCCUACCAUGCAUCCGCCUCCACCACCGCCAAUACCAGGUCAGCCGCAGGUGAUUAGGAUGCCAGGUUCAAUGGGUCCUAUGCCAACCAAUAUACCUCCGCCUCCACCAGGCCAAAAUCCCUACAUGCCUGGCCCGCCGCGUCCAUACUCCAUGCCUCCACCGCCACACAUGCCAACCAUGGCAACCAUGGUCAACCCCAUUGGGAUUCCUCAGCCUCCACCACCUUUGCCUCCACAACCACCUGCUGAGGAGCAGCCACCUCAACCUGAUGAACCAGAACCUAAAAGGCUGAGAACAGAUGACGCUUCUCUUAUACCAGCAGAACAGUUCCUUGCUCAGCACCCGGGCCCUGCUCACAUCUCAGUGUCUGUACCCAACCUUGAUGAAGGAAACCUGCGAGGCCAAGUGUUGGAGAUCGGUGUCCAAUCACUCUCAGACACAGUUGGCAGUCUAAAGGAGCAGAUUGCUGGAGAGUUGCAGCUCCCUGCUAAUAAGCAGAAGUUGAGCGUGCGGACUAGUUUCCUCAAAGACAAUCUCACUCUUGCUUACUACAACAUUGGCCCUGGAGUGGUGAUCAAUUUAACACUGAGGGAGCGUGGUGGGAGAAAGAAAUGAGCUUUCUUGUAUCUCAGUGCACUGGCAGAUUUUUCUGUACUGCAUGGGUGAAGGUCUUCAAGAGCUUAUUAUAAAGGUCUGGUCAAGAUGAUGAUUGUUUUAUUGUAUAUAUACCUCUAACAUUGUUAGUUACUCCCUCCGUUUCAUAAUGUAAGACUUUCUAGCAUUGCCCACAUUCAUAUAUAUGCUAAUGAAUCUAGGCACACAUAUAUGUCUAGAUUCAUUAGUAUCUAUAUAAAUGUGGGCAAUGCUAGAAAGUCUUACUUAUGAAACAGAGGAAGUAUAUUGACUUGUUGAUGAUGCUCCUGAUGUUAAAAUUCUUCCUUUGACAGAAUAGCAUGGUUAUCCAUUAGAUCGCUGCUGCUGGAAUAUUUUAUGAAAUAGGAAAAGCUUUUAGUUGAAGGCUUAAUUAUGUAUUUUCUCUACCUUCAUUGGUCUAAUGCCUUAAGUUUUAGACGAGGACUUGCAGAACAGAAUGUUGUAUGCUAACCAAAUUUUGUCAGUUACUUUGUAUUUUCUCAAGGUGUUGACAUUCCAGUUAUGGUGUUACCCUAUGCUUUUUGUUUCCUCACCUGCACAUAUUUAAGUUUUUUGUUAAGUGGUACUGUACCAUUCCAUGCUAUUUCUAUUUAGCUUUUCUUUUUCAUUUGCGGUUCUGAGUGUUGCGGAUGCAGAACAUGACAUGAAAACCCAAGUUAUUCUAUAUGCUUUUGUUUUCUUGUAUGGAGAGCUAUAUGUAUUAUAUAUAUUAUUAUUAUUCAGAAAAAUAAGAGUUUUGAGUGAUGCUUGCGCUGCUUUGUUCAUGCUUUCAUAAAUUCGACAGGGCCACAUAGCUUGCAUACUCUAAUCCCACAAAUACAUAUUGUUUCGAACAUUAGCAUUGAACUUACAGGACUUGAAAGUAUUGUUGGCGAAUCUGUACUUUUUCUCCAUUCAAAUUGAAACAUGUUCUGUGCAUUAGACUAUUAUGAAGGGGAGGUUGUAAUUUCUUUUUGUGUACAACAGACCAGUUUAUAUGGUGUACCAUUAUCUUUUAGAGAAGUUUUGAUAGUCUCACCAGCUGUUUUUCUGUAUAUUUCUGGUAUUUUUUUGUUCAAAUGUUUGAAUAGCACAGUAAGGCAUGAAGGCAUCAUACUUGACCAUGAUUUCUCUCUUUUGAACAUCACUGAUGGUCUGAUGCAACUGUAGGUCAAAUUUUUGCCUAGUAGUCUCUGGCCAGGAGCCCAGGAGGCCAGGAGUGAGUUUUCUUGUUAAUUUUUGAAUUUUUUCCGACACAUCCGUUAUUUGACAUGUGUGUGUUUUUUUAGAUGCUGUUUUCAGCCCCAAAAGUGACAGGAGGAUUCUGUGAUCCAAUGAUGUAGCCGGUCACCUUAUCUUUAGUUAGUUCUUUAGGUGCUCUGCGGGUUAAGGCAGUAGGAGGCAAUGGUUCUAAAAUACUGACAUGGUAUGUUGCUAGGAAACACUGUGCGACGGAAUUUUGGUGUAUACAUGGAACGUUGCCAUGUAUAUUAUCUUUACAACACAAUGUGGAAAUCGAUAAUUAUCUUUAUAUUACAUAGGAAGGCUCAAGCGCUAAUAGCAUUCUAUAUCUGUUAUAUUGAAUGUCAUCAUCUAAAUAUAUUUUGCCUCUUGAAUAUUGUGGCUGUUGCUUCUUGUUUUCUAAACUGAUCCAGGUUGCAUCUUGUUUUCUUUAACAAGUGCAGUUUUCUCCUCUUGUUACAACUGCAGCCCAGCCUGUCGUGAGCUGUAUCUUGUCCUUCUGUUUCUGUUAUUGGGAUUCAUGGAAGUAUUUGCUGGUCUGUUUUGACGAUGUGGUAACUGGUGAGAGCACCAAGGAGGUGGUUGAUUUAUGGAUCUGUCUGAUGGUCUCUUGUGCUGAUGAAUCAGCAUGUAUGAGUGAAUAGUGGGAUGGAUAAAACAAGUGUAAUGUGUAAUGCGUAAUGAUGAUGUAUAUGUUCUGGUCUUCACCUGUAAAAUAAUGGCACUGCGAAGAUCAUACUUGUCAUUUUACAUUAGCAGACAUGCAACGUUCGAUGGUAUCUUCAUAGCCGUAAGACUUGUGUGUGCUGAUAAUUCUUGCUAGCACAUGUCUGUAUAGCCUGAGAACGUUCCCAUGAAACCUUAUCACCACCAUCGUGUUUCAUGUAA